AUGUUAUCAAACAUUUUGAUCGUCAUGUCUCCUGUAGAGUCUGUGACUAGAUUGUUUCAGUUCGGACCAUGUUCGGACAUGAUCGACGUGUUCGACCGUUUAUUAAUAUCUUAAAUUCAGUUACUUCUUUGUAAAUAAAACAUGACAACACUACACGUCUCACGUCACUGUCAAUUGAGUGUCAAUUUAAUUUCAUAGGACAAUCAUCUACAAAAAUAAACGAAAAUUAUAAUAAUUAAGUUAAGUAUGUAAAACAUAGUUUAAAUGCUUGUUAUGAAUUACAGUAACAAUACAUUUAUCAAACAAAAUGAAACUAGUGUUUGAAGGGUAACUUUUUAGCUGAGAGUGAUGUUCUACUGCUUGUCCUCAUGAAAUGCAACGUCCGUGAACUCGCUCACCUGAGCGACCAGCCUUGUGUUAUUGAGGGGAGAUUAAACUACAAAAAAGUCUCUAAUGGGGGUUAUCGCAAUCAAGCAGUGUUCAAGGAGAGGUGGUUUCGGCUCAUCAACAAUUACUUGUUCUACUUCAAAAUAAGUGAGAUGGGCAAGUUUGAUACAAAGAACCCGGCAGGUGUCUUUGUUAUGGAGAACUCUUCUAUUCAGAUGGAGCAUGGACCAAAUAUAUCAUUUUCAUUUUCUAUAUCUUUUAUCGACGAGCCAGAGAAGCGACACGUGUUCGCGGCGCGCGCCGAGGACAACGUCGUGCAGUGGGUCAUCAAGCUGCGCGAGUGCUCCUACGAGUACCUGCGCGAGCGUUUGCACACGCUGCAAUCCAAAAUAUACUCUAUUACUGGCAAGGAUCCUCUACUACUGGUGCCGCGCAACGAGGGCGCGUGUCUCUGGGCGCCGGCCGUACCGUUCUCCACGGCCCCCGCCUGCACCGUCAACACGAGCUCCUUCAGCUGCCACCUGCACACCGGCAGCGCGUUCACGCUCGAGCGGAGCAAGUCCGACGCGAACGCGCACAGACACUUACGCACUAACAAGGCGACUUUUUACACCGACGAAACUAGUGACGAACAAAAAAGUGAUACGAAAAUUUUCUCCCUAGAAAGAAGCAAGACGUCCGCGAUGUUUAAAAGUCAUAUCGAGUCGCUGGAGGGGUCAAUAUUCGAUAGCGGUAAAUUGAGCGCGAGCUGCGCGCCGAGCCCGCCGGCGCGGAACCGGCUGGGCGCGGCGGGCGCGCGCGCCGACGUGCGCGCGCUGGCGGCCAGCGCCAGGCUGCCGGGCGCGCCGGGCAUCCUCGGCGACGCGCCCGUGCCGCCGCGCCGCCAGCCCGACCCCAAGCUCGGACAUGACGGUAGGCGAUCGCAGGAAACGGAAGAUCUUAUUCAAUUUUAGUCUAUUUAUAAUACUAACUUACCAUGUACCCCACCUAGUUAAAUUACGGCACGCAGGCUUUUGUUGGUGACUGGUGUAGAGAUUGUAGAUAGGAUUUUUAAUGCUAAGAAAUUGUAUUUUGCCAGAUUUGUGAUAUUUGUAUUUGUAUAAAAGAAGAUUGUAUGAUAUAAAGCUUUGUAUGCAUCUAAAAUAUAAUCAUUGGUAUUUUUAUAUAAAAUUUGUAUCGUAUUUUUUUAUAACAUAUAAUAUAGUAAUAUUUAUAAGCGAGGGGCUAUAAUUUUACAUGUAUUACCGAGGAACUUGUUAUACUGCGUUUUUUUUUUAUUCAAUUAAAAUCAAUUAUUUAUUUGUAUCGAAUCUAGGGAGAUCCAUAUAGUGUUAGUACAGUACAGCAAAUCUUAAAAUUAAUUGGGGUUAGUUACAUAGAAUUUACAAAUAACUUAAAACACACACACACACACACAUAGUAAAUUAAGACAACACAAAAAGUACUAUACUAAAAUAAAUAAAAUAAAAUCUAGGCAAUCUAGAUACACCAUUUCUCAGCAUCUGUUGCUGCCACAUGCAGAUAUUCCAUUAUUAUUAUUUUAAGAUUAGAUUUUUUUUUACCCCAAAGUAGUGGUAAUUAAAUUUUACUUCCGAAAUGAGGGUUUCUAUGAUAUCUUAUACUGCGGUAUAAUAAUAUGUAAACGACAUAAAACUACAGUGCAUAAUUACUCAGAAUUAAUUUUAGAGGAAAAAAGUUACUACUACUUUUGUGGUCAUAAAAUUUUUAAUCUGAAAAAAAAAACGGAGUAUAGGAAGGAUUAGUUCAGAAAGGAAAGUAGAAAUGUUCAGAAUUCUAGUCAAUAUAACCCGAACACAUUUGUGUAUAACGUGCUGCCUGCUCUAUUAAAUCGACAUUAAUUAAUUGUAGAAAGUAUUAAAUACGAGGCAUUUAUCGACCACUUGUUAUUCAUACAAGUUGUAUGUCAAUUUUGUCGUAACCUAGGUUUAUUUUGUAUCUACCUCUGUUGUAACAAUUUAUCCUUAUUCUUCAUUAUAUCUACUAUUUAUAUGUUCACGCUCAGAGCACAGUUGCUUGUAAAAAUACACGAUAUCACAGUUUACUUUAAGUUUUAGUUUGAAUUGACUACUCAGUGCUCUUUAAGUUAUAAGAAAGCAACAGUGCUUGUCAAAUUUAGUAAUUUAUCACUAAUUGUGAAACCUUCAUUCAAAUAAUCUGAUGUUGAAAACGAUUAGUUAUAUGGUGCUACAGAAUCACCAUCAUUAUGUCCAUAAUUCCAACUAAUCGUAGACUGUUUAUGUAUACUUCGUUCGACUUUUAACCAUACAAGUCAACUUAUCGCUUAGUUUUUUUUUGCCAUGUUGCUUUUCCCUUUGUAUGUAGGUUUUUUGAUAUAACGCGGUCGAAUGAUGCCAGUGGAGGAAAAUAUAUAAUCAGGGCGCGGUUUUUAGUAACUAGUAGCCAUGGUCUAAUCAGGCAAUCAAAGCAGGGACCGGUCAUCCCCUUACCAAAGCCGUUGCUUACUAAAACCCUUUCAUUUGGCUGUUUAAGCUCUUCAUAAUACGGGUACCUAAGCUGAUACCCGUUACUAAGCGCUAACCUCUUGAAGGGGUAUGGAUUUUAAAUUAUAACGCUUAUGCCAUUAUCAACUUUCUCUUCGUAAAAAUAGAAUCAAAUAUUGCUUAUUUAUGUUUAACGUGAAAGACAAAGGGUGUCUAGCGCCGCGUUGACAGCACAGGUGUUAGGAAGGGGAUACCCUUUCGUUUUAGCGGUAUCUCUGGAAAGGAAACCGCCCCAGAGCUAAGUCAAAUGAUUGAGUAGCAAUUUAAAGGGAAAGCCCAAUCGUUGGGACUAUUCGAUAAACGAUUAGGCAAUUUAAAGGCUUUUGUCUGGGAAGGGCUGGACGGGUCCCUAGAGUUAUUAUUUUUUUAACACAUUUUUUUAUCAAUAUCUGUUGGACUAUUUUUUGAUAUUUUUUAAGCGCUAGAGUACUUCAGACAUCGCAAUAACGGCCUAAUUGACUAGGCCGAAAAGAAAAUCAUGGUAUUCAAAACUGAUACCAAAUUAGCUCAAAAAGCGUAACAGUCCGACCUAAAUAAUUUAAUUACCAUUUAUAUUUAAAAAUUGGUUACGAGUGGUAAAAGUUUGGAGGAGGAAUCCGUUGAGUACGAAAACUCGAUGUUUGAGAUUUUUACGCAGAAUUUUUCGCCUAAGCAGUUGUCCUUAUCGCACUAAUUUUUAGCGUAAGCCCCCGUUUGCGCGACGGAUAUAUUCACCUAAAAUCUCAAAUCUGAGAAGGAACUCAGCUGGCCUUUCCUCUUAACAUUACCAACGUUAUUGCUUUCAUAUUACGUUUUUACAAUAAUUCAUUAAUCAUUAUGUGACGUGCGACGAGGAAACUGUAACUUUAUUGGACAAAAUUACCUUAUCUCGAUGUUUCAAGGUUAUAAGAAUGCCUAUUAGUAUUUUGGUUGAUUAACAUACAACGAAAAAUGUCACUUGACCUACUGACUUGGUAGAAUCAGUAGAAUGUUAUAAAUGGUAUUAUUGUUAAGCCCGGCCAAAUUUCGAUUAUAUAAUUUCUGACUAAUGUAAUAAAAAUGUAUACUUUUUAAGUGUUUUUACCUUUGUAACGGAAUAAGAAUAUACAUUUAUCAGAUACUUA